AUGUGGAAGUGGGUGGCGCUGACAUCGUUGAUCGCGGCCAACCUGGUGCAGCAGCGGUCGCCGGUGGUGAACACAUGGAGCGGGCGAGUGCGCGGGUCACUCAGCGCCGACGGCACCUACCACCAGUACCUCGGCAUACCAUACGCCACCGUCGACCACACCAACCGGUUCCAGGCCUCGCUCCCACCGCCGAGAUGGAAAGGAAUAUUUGACGCUGUCGAUAUAAAUACUUCAUGUCCUCAAAAGGCUAUAGGCUCCAUCAUUAUGGGCACCACCAAUUGCCUCAAACUAAAUGUAUACACACCAGCCAACGCUGAACCUGAUCAAUUACUGCCUGUCAUGGUCUUCAUCCACGGAGGAUGUUUUCUGAUGGGCACGGGAGGUCCAUCCUUAUACGGACCAGAUUUCUUUGUGGAUCGAAAUAUUGUUUUCGUAACUAUCAAUUACAGGCUCAAUAUCGAAGGAUUUUUAUGUUUAGGUAUAAAAGAGGCACCAGGAAAUGCUGGACUUAAAGACCAAGUGGCCGCUUUGAAAUGGAUUCAAGAAAACAUUAAAGCUUUUGGAGGAGACCCAAAUCAGGUCACUUUGUUCGGCGAAAGUGCCGGCGCGGCAUCUGUUUCAUUCCUUCUCCUGUCCCCAGCAGCGAAAGGACUUUUUCAUAAGGUUAUAUUGCAAAGCGGCUCACCCAUUGUCCCAUGGGGUCUGCAACACGACCCUUUGAAAACAGCCAGUACUCUAGUCAAAGAAUUUGGAUACGAUACCAAAAAUCCUUAUGAAAUUUACAGUAUACUUGCAAAUAAAUCAGCUGAAGAACUAAUUAAUGCCAUAGUAUACCUAGAACAUAAAGUUUCUAUAACUGCGGAAACUUUGUUUGUACCCUGUGUAGAAAAAAGUAUACCAAGCGUGGAACCGAUGCUAACAGAGUAUCCCAUGGACAUUAUAAAGUCUGGAAACCAUACCAAAGUUCCUAUGAUAAUAGGAGUUAAUGAUAAUGAAGGUAUUUACUUCGUUGCUAUGGAUUACGGGACGAGUCUGAAAAACGUAGCUCCCACUUUGAUUUUCAUGCCGUUACAACCAGAUUUGGAAUUUCUCACUGACUUUGAUAGGAAUGAAACCGCAGAGAAGGUUAUGGGACAUUAUUUCUCUUCUGGGAAAGAUGAUUAUGUCAUGGAUAUGGUAGAUUACUACUCUGAUGUACACUUUAAAUAUCCUUCCGCUGUCUUCUCGGAGCUGUAUCAGAAGACAAGUGACCAACCCGUUUACUAUUACGUCUUCAAGUACAAUGGUUAUAUAAACAUGGCGAAAAUUUCCAUGAAUUUAUGGGACAAGCCUGGAGCAUCUCACGCUGACGAACUCUUCUAUCUUUUCAAGCCACAUUCAUUUCCGUUGCCAUUGAGGUAUCUGGAAAGGAAUAUGAUCAACCGUAUGGUCUCAAUGUGGACUAACUUUGCGAAGUACAGUGACCCGACUCCGGCGCGGUCGCCGCUGCUGCCGGUGCGCUGGCCGGCGAGCGGCGGCUCCGAGCCGACAGCUCUCAUCAUCGACGCACAGCUCAGCACCGGGCCCAUCUGGGACCGCCGCUCGCUCGCACUCUGGAACGAACUGUAUGCAAAAUAUGGAAAGAAAACUUACAGGUACUUCACGCCUGUACUAGAAAUAAGUCAAGGCAAGCUGCGGGGCAUACGGAGUGUAGCUGGCGUGAAUAAAUAUUACGGCAUACCGUAUGCGACUUGUGAAAGAUUUCAACCACCAAAAGAACCAGAAAACUGGAAAGGGAUAUUUAAUGCAGUUGAUAUAUUCGGAUGCUGCGCUCAAGCAUUCUCCUUUAUCCAAACUUAUAAUGAAGAUUGCCUUCAACUAGACGUUUAUACACCUGACCAUGCUAAGGUCGGUGACAAUUUCCCGGUUUUAAUGUACAUCCACGGAGGAGCUUACUACUACGGCAGCAAGGGUCACUACGAUCCUGAAUUCUUAGUCACUAAAAAUGUAACGGCAGUUAUAGUAAAUUACCGACUUGGAGUGUUGGGUUUUUUAUGUUUGAACGAUGUCGCAAAUCUUGGAUUGAAGGACCAAGUAGCAGCUCUGAAAUGGAUAAAGAAAAACAUUGCAGCGUUCGGUGGCGAUCCGGACAACGUCACAUUAAUUGGACAAAGUGCAGGCGCCAGUUCGGCUGCUAUGCAUAUGCUAUCAGAGAAAAGCAAAGGAUUGUUUCAUAAAAUAAUUCUAAUGAGUGGUAACUCUUUAAGUCCAUGGGCUUUUAAUUUAGAACCUACCAGACCAGCAGUUCAGGAUGCCGAAAAACUAACGUCAACACCGAUAACAGAUAAUAGUGAAGAAAACCUUUUCAACAUAUUCUUUAAGGCGUCUGUACCUGACAUUUUAACUGCGACUGUUGGUACUUCAGACAAUACUAGAUAUUUCAAGUACACUCCUUGUGUAGAUAAUAACUUCACUGAUCCUUUCUUUCAUGAUACACCUUACAAUAUUAUAAAAUCUGGUGAUUUCAAUAAAGUACCAAUUUUGGCUGGAGCUACAGAUCUGGAGGGUUCACUGUUCUACGGACUUAAUGAUGCGAAAUCAUUGGAGGAUUGGGAACAGAAUUUUGUAGAGAGACUACCCUCGGUCUUCUCGUGGUGUUCAGAAGAAGAUAAAGAAGUAAUCUCUAACAAAUUUCGAUCUCAUUACUUUGGGAAGAAAAGAGUGGAUUCCUCUAUAAAUGGUGUAGUAAAAUUCUAUUCGGAUUGGAUUGCUGAGUCUACAACAGACGCCUUUUCUGAUCUGAUGACUGAUUAUUCUGAACAGCCAGUAUAUAAUUAUGUAUUUUCGUAUCAAGGGGGGAGGAAUUUCGCAAAGGCUUUAUUAGGACAAAGCGUGGAACUGAAAGGUGCUUCCCACUCAGAUGACAUUUUCUACGUGUUCAAGCCGGCAGGACUAUCAUUAUUGCUGUCAAACUCUGAUAAGCUGUUCAUCGACCGGCUCACUGCAAUGCUAACAAACUUUAUGAAACACGGAAAUCCAACACCACGGCGCACCAAGUUGCUGCCAGUGAUUUGGCCAGCGUCUACUGGCAGCGCGUCGUACGUGAUGCACCUGGACCACAGACUGUCGGUGAGCAGGAACCCGCGACCAAGCUCCAGAGGAUUCUUCCUGGAUCUACUGUGCACAUACGGACAUAAGGGAUACGUACCGUGCGACAGCAGCCAGCAGUGUAAUGUAGAACAAAAUAACAAAAUAUAGGGUAAUUUUUAAUAUUAACAAGGCAACUUUAUCCGCCUAGAAAAGUUAUUUUUUUUUAUAAAAUAAAGUAGCCUAAUAUAAUAUUAGAUAUUCAUAUAUUAAAAGUCUGGUCAAAAUUGGUCUAGCCACUUCAGAGAUUAGCAAGAAGAAACAGAUGGACAGACAAAAUGUUUAAAAUUUAAUAUUUUUAAUGUAAGUCCCUUAUUUUUAUGAGAGAUUAGCAAGAAGACAGACAAAAUGUUUAAAAAAUAAAUAUAUUUGAUGUAAAUACCGUAUAUAUAUUCCCUUAUACGCAUUUCGUAAAAAGCUGUUAAUUUGAAAUUACACAGAUAAAUCAAUUUUAUUUAUUUGUAUAUAUAUAUAAUUUAAUUAAAUUUA